AACUCUUUUGAUAGGUGUGUUUCCUGACGGACCGGUUUUGUGGAGCGCGGCACGGAGAGCACGGUGUGGUGGUGAAGUGGUGGUGAUGGCGAAGCUGCAGGGUUUUGAGUUCUGGAAGAAGACUCUGCAGUCUGCUAAGUACAUCCUGGCGCCGAUGGUGGAGCAGAGCGAGCUGGCCUGGAGACUCCUGAGCCGCAGACACGGCAUUCAGCUCUGCUACACCCCAAUGCUGCACGCCCAGGUUUUCCUCAGAGAUGCCAACUACCGCCGGGAAAACCUGUACAAUGAUGUCAGCCCGGAGGACCGCCCACUCAUCACACAGUUCUGUGCAAACGAUCCGGAAGUGUUUGUUCAGGCUGCUUUGCUCGCUCAGGACUACUGUGAUGCCAUCGACCUGAACUUGGGGUGUCCUCAGAUGAUUGCUAAAAGAGGGCACUAUGGUGUGUUUCUCCAGGAUGAGUGGGAGCUCCUGGAGAGAAUGAUUCAACUAGCUAAUGAGAAACUGUCGGUGCCAAUCACCUGUAAAAUCCGGGUCUUUCCUGAGCUGGAGAAAACUGUCAAAUAUGCCAAGAUGCUAGAAAGAGCAGGUUGCCAGCUGCUUACUGUUCACGGCAGAACAAAAGAUCAGAAGGGGGCUCAGACUGGAGUUGCAAGUUGGGAGCACAUCAAAGCCGUACGAGAUGCUGUGAGCAUCCCUGUCUUUGCCAAUGGAAAUAUUCAGCAUCUGACUGACGUGCAGCGCUGUUUGGAUGAGACUGGAGUACAGGGGGUGAUGAGUGCAGAAGGAAAUCUGCAUAACCCUGCCCUGUUUGAGGGGUGUAGCCCUCCUGUGUGGGAGAUGGCGGAGGAGUAUCUAGAGGUGGUUCAAAAACAUCCCCCCUGCACAUUGUCCUUCGUCCGAGCUCACCUCUUUAAACUUUGGCAUCACACACUACAGAUCCACCAGGACCUGAGGGAGGAACUGGCUAAAGCUAAAAACCUGGCUGGACUAGAGGAGGUUAACAGACAGCUGAAGCAGCGCUGCCAGGAGGAGAUGGCCAAAGAUGAAUCUGAGAGACAUCAAACAGGACUGCCCUUCCCUCACUGGAUCUGCCAGCCCUACGUCAGACCCCCGCCGAAGGAUCCGUCCCAGGAGAAUGAGCAGAAAACUCCACAAGUGAAGGCAGUGUGCAUGAAGAGGGCACUAGAGGACAGCGACAGCUCCAACGACCCACUCUCCAAAAACAAGCAGAAGAAGAAAGCCAGAAAUCCACACAAGAACUUCUGUCCUGAACUUAAACCAAAAUACAUCAAAUGUGAGCAGUGUGGAAAUCCAAAGGGAAAUAAGUGUGUGUUUAAUUUGUGUCGCGGCUGCUGUAAGAAAAAGGCCUUCAAAGAAGUUGCUGAUUGCCCAGGUCACGGCUUGAAGUUCAAGACUAAGGCCCAGAAGCAGGAGAAUUCCACAAAUGGUGAACAAGUAAAUGGAAACGGCUCCAUCCAACCAGAACCAUGCACUGCACUACCAGACCAGCCUGCAGCCCAGACUUUGGCCUGAAGAUGCUUGAAAGGUCAAGCGGUAGAGACUGUUCUGCUAGAACUGAACUUUUAACAUCCAGGGAACUGAUCUUGUUCUACAUGCUCCAAACGCAACAAUGGAUUAAUACCAGAAGUUCUAGAUUUUGUUCUGUCCUACAGACCAGCAGAGGCUAUGAGCAGUGAAAACUGAAGAGCUGAAAAGUUUGUUAGAUACACCUUGUGUCUACAAAUGUUGGCCAAUUUAUCAGAAACACGUACUAUAUAGCUUCACUGCACAGGUAUACAAUUACAGACUGUAGCUCAUCAGCUGCCUGAUGUGUCUUACUCCAGUCAUCUUUGGACACCACUGCCCAGUUAUUAUUAGGGUGGUUGUAUUAGAUAGGCUUGUUAGUGUUAAUGUUGGUGGGUGUUGGGAUGAAAAAUUGUCUUGCUGGGCUCUUACACACUAUAUAAUAAUUCUUGGCCACUUUAUUAGAAACACCAACCUUAUAGCUGUACCAGGUUUGGUGUUCAUUUAGAGAUUAUAGCUCAUUUGUUGUUGAAUAGUGUGUGCAGGCUAUUUUCAACAGGAGUCAGUUUCUGGUUACAGAUAAUUUUUUGGUGGACCUAUUUUCAACAUAGCAGUCACACUGAUAUGACUGAUGCACUGGUCUCACAUACAAACAGAACAGACCACCAUUCUAAUCAUCUGUCAUCUGUGGUGGUCUUGUGGUGGCCUUUUUCUAGUGAUAAAUGAGGUAGUGGCUUAGAGUGGCAAACUAAGGCUCUCUCACUAUGAAUAAGUAGCAUGACGCGGGAAUCCAGCGCAAAUUAGAAUUCCGAGUCGUCAGCAGCCGGAGCCUGAGAGAGCACAUAGCACAAUAAGCCUUGCUCUUUCUUUUAACCACUCCCAUUAUGAUACUGUCUGGCACAAGAAUCAUUUAGCAAAUGUAUUGGAGUUCUGACACUUUCCCCUGGCUGGCACAAGCAUCUGAUUUGGGGAUCCAGCACUUUCCUUUCCUCUGAGUGCAUUGACUGCCUAGUGAUGCUGUACUGAAAUGGAUGGUGGCUGAUGUUCUGUUUAUCAAAGGAGACAUGCUUGUCCUUAACCUCCUAGUGGUGGGAGCAUUAAACAUGAGUGGGUGGGUUUAUUGGCUUUGAUAAUGUAAGGAGAAAAUUGGUUACAAAAUGAAGUAGAGGGGUGGUACAGUCUGUUAGUGUAAACCAGUGCAGUAAAGCUACAGAGUAUGUUCAACAGUGGCCCUUCCAAUAUACGCAUGGGCUCAAGGGCUCAACAAAUGGACUUUUGGUAUUUUUACGUUUGUCUGAGCGAGCAGCAAACAAUUGUAGAUGCAAGGAGCGUUUUUCACUGCAGAGUAUCUUACAGUAGAAUCAACUCAAUCACAACUUUUCAACUGCUUUUCAGUUCCAUUGCUGCUGUAGAUGCUGCUACUGGCCUCUGUGGGGCACCACCCCUUCUGCUGCUGCUGUUGAACUCUCUGUAAAAGAAGGGUGUGGCCGUUCAUCUGGGAAGCUUUCUGGGAGCUGAUCUUCCUGCUAAUUUCUGCAACUCAUCUGUUUGUGUCGCACAUUUUGCUUCAGGGUGUGUUUCACAAAGUAGGUCUUCUCAGUAUAGCUGAGGAAACCGGGGACUGUCCAGCCCUCCUUUUGCUGGAUAGGGUUAACUUUGGUCUUAAAUGGAUAGUCACGUCAUUUUCCAGAAUAAUCUACAUCUGCUGAAACGUUAACAUUUUCCAGAACUCAACAGAUUUGGUACGCAUUUACACUGAAACCUAAGGGUAGAUACUUCAGUGAUUUAAAAGGUUAAUCACUGAAGCAUUUGGGGUUAAACCACUAUUGCAAAAACACAUCAAAACUCGUUUAAUCUAGCCUCUCACUUCUUUUUUCUGUUUAUACAUUAAUUUAUUUACCUUUUUUUAAAUUUACACUUGUCUUCCCAAAAUCAAUCACCAGUGAGGACAAAUUUUCAAUUUUCAAUGUUUGAUUCCAUACCAAAGUCCAACAUUGAUCCUAUUUAUGUAAAGGUGAAAGGAGUUGUACCACUGUAGUGGGAGUGCAGAGAUGCAGUUUAAUAGUGAUGCUGGAGCUAGGCUAAUGAUAGUUGGUUUGUUAAUCAUACAUCUGGAAUAUUAUUUGUUUCUGGCUAUCUGUGUCACUACUGGAUUGCUGUGCUUGAAGGCUUGAUAGUAGAAACUUUUUGCAGUGAGAGAAUCCAUCUUUUCCAAUGUCUAAAGGAUGCAAACAUGACUGUCUAUAUAUAUAUAUAUAUAUAUAUAUAUAUAUAUAUAUAUAUAUAUAUAUAUAUAUACCAACAACACUUUUAUCACAAGAUAUUUUAUUUCUUAAGUGUGUUUUUAAUGUUGGGGGUUUUACAAAAAUUAAAGUUUUGAAACUGCUGUUUGACUUUUUUUUUUAUAAAAAAAAAUUUAGGCACAGAAAGCAGUGCUUAGAAGCACAACAACACUGCUUUUGUAAAUGUUCAAAAUGAACUGAUUAAUAGGUGUUUUUAGAGCAAAGGUUCUCAAACUGAUCUUCCAAAAACCUCUCGAUGGUCCAGCUUUGUGCUUCAAUCUUGCAAUAAAUGUGUAGAAUAAAAGUCUGGACCAGCUGGAGUA